UUUGGUAAUUUUACUCAGUUCUUUCGGAAUGCUCUCUUCUUCUGCUUUCCAAACUGCUGAAGCUCAUUGUCGCACCUCGGUCAAGGGAAUGCAACUUGCAAACAGUGUCAUGUCGGCUUUGAACAUUGAGGAUAGCGAAAGCUGUUACAGGUCUUGUGCUGCUAAGCCAGGCUGUCAGAGCAUCAAUUACUACAARGACAAGACACUUUGUGAGUUGAAUAACAGAAAAAUUGAAAAUACGCCCCAUAAAACUGUCUUCAAUGAAGAUUGUGUGUACUUCAAAAUUCAAGAUCCACUACCCCCACCAGUUCUCAGGAACUGUGGCGAAUUCUAUGCAAACAGUUUUAAAGAAAGUGAUGUAUACACCAUCGAUCCCGAUGGUAAAGGAAAAUUCAAGGUGUACUGUGACCAGAAGACCACAGGAGGAGGAUGGACAGUUUUCCAGAAAAGAAAGGAUGGCUCUGUUGAUUUUUACCGCGGCUGGGAUGACUACAAGAACGKCUUUGGUGAUCUAGAGGGCGAGUUCUGGYUGGGUCUCGAUAAAAUCCACCGACUUACUAAUCAAACACGAAAYCGUCUUCGUGUCGAACUUGAGGACUUUAAAGGAAACAGCGUGUAUGCAGAGUAUGACUACAUUGCUGUGUCAAGUGAAAGUAAUAAUUUCACUCUGAACAUUGGUUCCUACUCAGGUACUGCAGGCGAUUCAUUGUCCUAUCAUAACGGUAUGGCUUUCUCCACCAAAGAUCGUGAUAAUGAUAAAAACCCUCAUAACUGUGCUGUAGACUUCAAGGGUGCAUGGUGGUACAACAGCUGUUAUAGAUCCAGUCUAAAUGGUGUGUAUCACCAAGGCAACCAUACGUCCUCUGCUGACGGCGUGGAUUGGAUUGACUGGGCGGAUUAUUCUGCUAAGAGAGCUGAGAUGAAGAUAAAACCAAUAUAAUAAUUGUCAGCAUGUUGUACAAGCUGAUAGCAAAUAAACAUUUAACCUGCCUCGA